AUGACCCAAAAAGCCCUUGUAACAGGCGCCAGCGGCCUUCUCGGGCGCCAGGUACUCAAUGCUUUCAAGAAGGACGUCAAUUGGGAAGCGGUUGGCCAAGGCUUCACAAGAGCUGCCCCUCCACACAUUGUCAAGGCGGACCUGACCAACCCCUCCGAAAUUGAGAGUUUACUAGCCGAGGUGAAACCGCAAGUUGUCGUACACUAUCAGUGCGAUGCCCACCCUGAUCUUGCCCGUAAGGUGAAUGUCGAAGCCACCAAAGCCCUCGCGAAAGCAACCUUACAAAGAUCCAUUCUUCUCAUCUACAUUUCUACGGACUACGUUUUCCCUGGUCGUCCUGGGGAAGCACCGUAUGAGACCUCAUCGCAGACCGAGCCCCCGAAUAUCUACGGCCAAACCAAGCUUGACGGGGAGAUCGCGGUUAUUGAAACCACUCAGGGUUCGGGAAAGGGAGUGGUCCUACGAGUACCCGUUCUCUACGGUUCUGCUGAUACCAACAGUGAAAGCGCGGUAAACGUUUUAAUCGACGCGGUAUGGAAGGCACAAGCCGCCGAUGCCAAAGUAAAGAUGGAUGAUUGGGGACAGAGAUACCCUACCAACACAGAGGAUGUAGGAAGAGUAUGCCACGAUAUUGCAGUUAAAUAUCUCGGCGAGCAGGAGAGAGCUGCCUCAUUUCCAACGAUCCUUCAAUUCUCGUCGGAGGACAAGGUGACUAAAUACGAAAUGUGCGAGAGAUUCGCUGAAAUCCUUGGAUUGCCGUUGUCGGGAAUGGAGAGGAUAAAGCAAGGUGGUACGCCUGGCAAUGGUGUGCAACGCCCAUUCGACACACAUCUAUCCACUAAAGCGCUGAAGGAGCUGGGUAUACCAGUUGAUACCCAGGACUUUGUGAGUUGGUGGUAUGUAGCAAUUAUUGUGGAGUUUGUCCAAUAA